AGCACCACUGUGGCAGCAGGAGGGCAGUCAUGGGUGAAAUGACACGUCUUCUCCUUCUGCUGUGGGCCGGUGUCUCAGUGAGCACAGCUGUGGAUCUGCAGAAGAGAAUCGUUGGAGGUCAGACAUGUGGGAAUAAUGAUCGUCAGUAUCAUGUGUUCUUAAUAGGAUUUGAUGGGACUGACCCCAUGACAUGUGGAGGCUCUCUGAUCAAUAACUAUUGGAUUCUAACUGCAGCUCACUGCUGGAAGCCGUUGAUGGCUGCUUUUGUGGGUGUGCAUCCCGGUCUACCAGGUCAAAGACAAACAAUUACAAUCACAGAACACCACAUCCGCAAUAUCAAUAAUGCAAAUCAUGACAUCAUGCUGCUGAAGUUAGCUACCCCUGCUCAGAUCCAACAUAUAAAUCUUCCGACGGCACACGAAUGUAGCAAUCGCAACAAUGUCGUGAAAGUGGUUCAGAUUGCGGGGUACGGGCAAAAGACUAUGGGACCCAACAAGGAAAGACAACCUGGUUUUACAAGUGAACUCCAGUGCGCGGACACCCAGGUCACUGACUGUUCGGACUUCCGGAGCUGUUUGCACAUCUGUAAUCCAUGGUUGCAUUACACUCAUGGCUCUCAACACUGGUUCUGCGGCCAAUGCCCUGCUGGUCAAGUGGAUAUAUCUCCAGGGGACUCUGGUGGAGCAGUGGUGCAUAAUAAAAAGAUUUAUGGAGUGAUUUCUUUCAGUGGUUCUACUACUCAUGCCUGUGUUUCACCAGCUGGAUUCAUGGAUAUCUGCCAUCCUGACUACUUUACAUGGAUCAAUGGGAUUAUUAGUAAGCCAUAAACUUGGCUAAUGUUAAUGUUAAUGUUAGAAUGUUCCUUCAGUGGUAAUGAAAAGGCUUGCUGCUGAUUGAUAAACUAAUUUUGAAUUAUUUAAAAAGCCUUUACAAAUAAACUAUCUCACUGAUCUUGAAAUUAAAAAGUGGCUUUGAAAAAGUGGUUGACACAUUAAUGUUUAAGACUAGUUUUUUUGUUAUGGUGUCACUGUUUGAGGAAACUACA